GGAUGCUGCUGCUACUGUCACUUCUGCCGCUGCCGUUACAGAUUUUGCUUUUGCUCCUUCUACUGCAUGACAAUUGUUUUCCUCGUCUAAGCAGAUACCAGCCUCAGAUGCUCAAGGUGAGAGUCUUGCCUUUCGCUCUGGGCUAUUGGUUCACUUAAUCCAUCAAUUUGUUUGGUGUGCGUGGUUUUCUUUCUCCCAUCACCCUCCUUCCCCUGUCUUGUUUUGUUGUGCUUGCUUUUGGGGAGAUGUUUCUUCCCUCCUGCAGAAGAGCUGGAAUUGCUUGAGAGGUGUUUAAGGAAUUAUAAAAGUGGCCAGCAAACAGGAGCUCAGUAAUUCAGAAGCUACUCUUGCUUCAGAGAGGCAGAACGAUCAACAGAGGGCUUGAGGGCAGGGAGGGAUAGAGGGGGUCUCGUUUUUCCUGUGCGUUACUCCUUUCCCAGUUUGGAUGAUGAUGAUGCUGAGCUUGGACCUUUUGUUGACUCCCACUCUGUGAUUUUUGCAGAGCGCUGUGACUAUUACUACCAUCUCUUUUUGUCUGUGUCUCACAGUAAUGGACUGUGGUAGAGUUAAGGCCUUUUGGAGGUGAGCUGUUUUGAGAGCUGAUGCUUAAUCAUGUCUGAAGUAGCUGCCGACACUUUCCCCAGCCCCUCAGCUCAGCUGAGCCCUGAUGCGUCCCUCAACGGGCUCCCGGCUGAGGAGAACAUGCCGGGGACCCAAAGAGGGGACAGGAGGGUCCAGGGAAUAGCAGGCCUGGCCUCAACCUGCUGUGUGUGCCUGGAGGCAGAGCGACUGAAGGGCUGCCUCAACUCUGAAAAGAUCUGCAUCGCCCCUAUUCUGGCCUGCCUGCUCAGCCUUUGCCUCUGCAUUGCUGGCCUCAAGUGGGUCUUUGUGGACAAGAUUUUUGAGUAUGACUCUCCUACCCACCUUGACCCUGGGAGGAUAGGACAAGACCCAAAGAGUGCUGUGGAUCCUACAGCUCUGUCUGCCUGGGUGCCUUCGGAGGUGUAUGCCUCACUCUUUCCCGUACCUAGCCCCAAGAGCAAGGCUGAAGUGACAGUGCAAACUGACAGCUGGCUCGUGCCCUCCAAACCGUUCCUCCAGCCUUCUCUGUAUAACCGCAUCCUAGAUGUUGGGCUGUUGUCCUCUGCUGCACCUUCGAUGUCACCACCCGCCCUGGAGCCUACCACAGCAUCUCAGGCGCAAGCAACAGAAACCAAUCUGCAAGCUGCUCCAAAACUUUCCACUUCCACAUCUACAACUGGGACAAGUCAUCUCACGAAAUGUGACAUAAAGCAGAAAGCCUUCUGUGUAAAUGGGGGAGAAUGUUACAUGGUUAAAGACCUCCCAAACCCGCCCAGAUACCUGUGCAGGUGCCCAAAUGAAUUUACUGGUGAUCGCUGCCAAAACUACGUAAUGGCCAGCUUCUACAAGCAUCUUGGGAUUGAAUUUAUGGAAGCUGAGGAACUGUACCAGAAACGGGUGCUGACCAUAACUGGCAUUUGCAUUGCUCUUCUAGUAGUUGGCAUCAUGUGUGUGGUGGCCUACUGCAAAACCAAGAAGCAGAGGAAAAAGUUACACGACCGCCUUCGGCAGAGCCUGCGCUCGGAAAGGAACAACGUGAUGAACAUGGCCAACGGGCCACACCACCCCAACCCACCGCCAGACAACGUCCAGCUGGUGAAUCAGUACGUUUCAAAAAAUGUGAUCUCUAGUGAGCACGUCAUUGAACGAGAAACAGAGACCUCAUUUUCUACAAGUCACUACACCUCAACAACACAUCACUCUGUGACAGUCACCCAGACACCCAGCCACAGCUGGAGUAAUGGCCACACUGAAAGCAUCCUUUCCGAAAGCCACUCGGUGCUCAUCAGCUCCUCCAUGGAGAACAGCAGACACGCCAGCCCGGCGGGGCCCCGGGGCCGCCUCCAUGGCAUCGGGGGGCCACGGGAAGGCAGCAGCUUCCUCCAGCAUGCAAGGGAGACCCCUGACUCCUACCGAGACUCUCCUCACAGUGAAAGGUAUGUCUCAGCUAUGACCACACCAGCUCGCAUGUCACCUGUUGAUUUCCACACUCCAACUUCUCCCAAGUCCCCCUCCUCCAAAAUGUCACCACCGGCUUCCAGCUUGACUGUCUCCAUCCCUUCAGUGGCCGUGAGUCCCUUCAUAGAAGAGGAGCGACCACUGCUCCUGGUGACCCCACCAAGGCUACGUGAGAAGUAUGACCACCACCUUCAGCAGUUCAACACCUUCCACCACAAUCCUGCCCAUGAGAGCAACAGCCUGCCACCAAGUCCUCUGCGGAUAGUGGAGGAUGAGGAGUAUGAGACCACACAGGAGUAUGAACCAGCACAGGAGCCUCCAAAGAAACUCAGCAACAGCCGGAGGGUCAAAAGAACAAAGCCCAAUGGCCACAUUUCCAGCAGGGUGGAAGUGGACUCUGACACAAGCUCUGAGAGCAGCAGCUCUGAGAUGGAAACUGAAGAUGAAAGAAUAGGAGAGGAUACACCAUUCCUGAGCAUACCGAACCCCGUGGCGACCAGUCUGGAGCCGGCUGCUGCCUCCCUGCUGGCUGAGAGCAGGACUAGCCCGGCUAAUCGCUUCUCCACACCAGAAGAGCUGCAAGCAAGGUUGUCCAGUGUAAUAGCUAACCAAGACCCUAUUGCUGUAUAAAACAUAAAACACAUAGAUUCACAUGUAAAACUUUAUUUUAUAUAAUGAAGUAUUCCACCUUUAAAUUAAACAAUUUAUUUUAUUUUAGCAAUUCCGCUGAUAGAAAACAGGAGAGGAAAAGAAAAAAACCUUUUAUAAAUUAAAUAUACGUAUGUACAAAUGUGUUAUGUGCCAUAUGUAGCAAUUUUUUACAGUAUUUCAAAAAUGGGGAAAGAUAUCAAUGGUGCCUUUAUGUUAUGUUAUGUUAAGAGCAAGUUUUGUACAGUUACAAUGAUGGCUGUCCCAUAGUAUUUUGCAAAACCUUCUAGCCCUCAGUUGUCCUGGCUUUUUUGUGCACUGCAUUAUAAUGACUGGACAUAUGAUUUGCAAGAAUUGCAGAAGUCCCUCUGGUUGCUUGUUGUAGAAUCCCCAGAUCAAAAAGUCCUGUAAUGGCACUCUCACCCUACACACCCCACCAGAAAAA